GUGAUCCCCAAGGACUACAAGACUAUGACCGCUCUGGCCAAGGCCAUCUCCAAGAACGUGCUCUUCGCUCACCUCGAUGACAACGAGAGGAGUGACAUAUUUGACGCCAUGUUCCCAGUCACGCACAUUGCCGGGGAAACUGUCAUCCAGCAAGGUGAUGAAGGGGAUAACUUCUACGUUAUCGACCAAGGGGAAGUGGACGUGUACGUGAACGGCGAGUGGGUGACCAGCAUCGGGGAGGGGGGCAGCUUUGGGGAGCUGGCCCUGAUCUACGGGACGCCUCGCGCUGCCACUGUGAAGGCCAAGACAGACAUGAAGCUGUGGGGCAUUGACCGGGACAGCUACCGGCGUAUUCUCAUGGGCAGCACCUUGAGGAAGAGGAAGAUGUAUGAAGAGUUCCUGAGCAAAGUGUCCAUCCUGGAGUCCCUGGACAAAUGGGAGCGGCUGACGGUGGCCGACGCCCUGGAGCCGGUGCAGUUUGAAGACGGGGAGAAGAUCGUAGUGCAGGGGGAGCCGGGAGACGACUUCUUCAUCAUCACUGAGGUGUGUGAGUGUGAUGCUCGGGGCAAU